CUUAUAAAAAAAACUCUGAAUACUAAAAAAAAUGCAUCUUCCAUGGCUUCUCCUUUUACUGUCAAUAGGUGCCACCAUAUUGGUUGGCACCAACACUUUAAUAACACCAAAAACCAUGAUCACAACCACAAACACCACAAAAUCCGGUUGCCAACUAAAAUGUGGCAACUUAACCAUACCCAUACCCAUUUGGCGUCGGCACUGAUUGCUACCUACAAGGCUCAUUCGGUAUCAUAUGCAACACCUCCUAUGUUAGAAUUCAACGAUGAGCAUAACCCAGUUUGCAAUGGUUGAGGAACUUGCCUCGCUUAUAAAAGAUAACUUCUCUAGCAGGCAUCUUGUACUUGCAGUUGAAGAAGCCUUGGUGAAUUAUCUUCAGGGUGAUCCGAGCCCAGAUGGUAUCCUUGAGCUGGAACCCAUGAGCUCAUACAAUCGCCUUAUCAUCCAUCGUCUUGCUGAUAUAUUCGGAUUUGCUCACGAAUCUGUAGGUGAGGGAAAUGAUCGUCACUUGGUUUUGCAACAAUGCUUGGAGACAUCAAUACCAUCAAUCUUUGUUAGUGAUAUUCUUUGGCAAUAUGAUGCGUGUGACUCUCCAUCAAUGGGCUACCAACUAUUGAGAAGAGAUGAUGCAUGCACUGUGUUGAAGAUGAACUUGUCCUCUUCCCCAAAUUUUGUUGAGAGAGAAGCAGCUUAUCUAGCUGCACGUGAACGUAUAUUUGGUAUGGACGAUGCUGAGUUAAAAGAAGCUGCAAGACAAAGGCCAAGAAAUGUUCCUGUUGUAGCCCGUCGCAUGAUUGCACAUGCACUUGGCCAAAGAAUUAACCACUCCCAGCAGGCCCAGGGUUAUGAUACCAGACAUUCUGAUGAGCAAGCUGCCGUUGAUGACAUUGAAAGAAGGAUUAAAGUUAAUUUGGAUUUGCACCAAAAUACCUCUCCUGACUCCAGUGCUCGUGCUGAUGAAAAUGUGAAAUGCAUUGGAGUAGAAGGCAAUUCUUCUAGUUAUUGUCCUAGAUCUAGUGCAAAAAAUGGGUUGGUCAUUCCUAAACUGAGCAUGAAAGAGGAAAAUAUGGGAGCUGCAAAAAGGAUGUUUGCUCAUGCUUUGGGUAUACAGGCUUCAAAAGACGGUGUUUCGCGGGGAAAGUAGAAAAGUUGUGGAGUAAAAGUUGGAGAACAUUUUAAUCAUGAGGUAUCCUUUGUACUUCUUUCAGCUACUGUAAGAUUCAGGAACCUUGAAGAGGUGAAGAUCAUAGUCAUUUCUCAGUAUUGCAUGCUUGGGGUCGAAAGAUACAAGUGCAGUUUCUCUCUCCUGAUGCAGAGCUAAUGAGAUGUGCCUGGAAAUACAUAAUGGCUAUCAUUGGGAGUUUAAGCUUUAUUUGUUUCCCUCAAGAAUGUUUCAUACCUUGCGUAGGCCAACGUGCUUUGCUUACAUCAGUUGCGAGAGUUGCAAGGCAGAACUGGACCUCUGGCUUAUAGCUUUCCGAUCUUUAUCCAGGUUAACACAUCCAGUACUAACAUUCCCGGUUUAGUGUUUCGUCUUGAUGAGUAACAAAUGUGGUGAAGCUCAGUUUCUUACUGGUUGUCUUUGUAGGAGACGUUGCAGAAUGAUGACUGAUCUAUCAGGAAGAUUGUUAUUAUUGUGGAUGUCUUAGAUGUCGGUUAAUGGCUUAAUGCUAGAGACUGCUGUAUCAGAAUGAUCGUUUAUGAUGUUAUAAAAAUGAUUGAUUUUUUUUUUU